AUGACGGACGAACGCCAAACCACCACAGGGUGCCCAGGCCCACCAGGGCAAACUCCGCACAGCACCAUCCCAAACAUUCUGCAGCAGCUGGAUGACAUCCUCCAAGCCUUUUGGCGCAAACUGCAGGACCGCACCACAGUCCAUCCACCUCACCUGCAUGAGAAGGGGCAGAGCAGACUCCCAUGGGAGAAACCGAAGCCACAUGCGGCGACUCGCUAUCUGACCACCCUACCUGAGCUGAGAGCACUCCGAGGCAUAGCCCCCACGCGUCGACCACGCAGGCUAUUCUGGCGCAAGCUGGAAAGCAGAGCGCACCCACCUGCCUCACAAGUGCCAAGCAGCCAUCUACUUAAAAAGCAGCCUCAACAAGGGAGAAUGAACUUAAAAGCCCCGACUGAGAACCGGUCCCUAAAAUGGUGGCGGACACAGCAGCGUACUCUAUCCCAGUGCAAGAAGACAAACGUCCACAUGAAACACCGCCAGGAACAUAAAGCACAAAUGCAGAACAAGAACAUGCAAACUUACCACGCUCCAGUCCAGCCUCAAACAAUGCAAGUAAGCCAGCUAUUAUCAACAUAUGGUUACGGAGACCCACAUGCGACUUACACACAGCCUCAGCGGUUAUGCAGAUCGGGGGUCGGUUGA